GGCAACUGUACGGAGUUUGAGAAAGCUGUGGUCGCCCAAUGCGACGCCCUGAUAGAGGUCAUCAAACAACGAAAGGCCGAGUUGUUAGAGAACGUCGCAGAGGAGAAGGCUAUGAAAGUCAGAACUCUGAAGGAACAGGUAUCAGACUGUACAGCUCUGCUACAACGGACAACAGGACUUCUGCAGUUCUGCAUCGAGGUACUGAAGGAGAGUGAUGCAACAUCUUUUUUACAG